GUACCUGAAAACCCAGCGGCCUCUCUGCAUAAUUUUUUACUUUUUAAUUUAUUUUUUUUCUUCCCUUAAAUACUCUCACUUCAAUUCUAUCUCCCAAAAUCCCUACUCUCUUUUUCUUUCCUCUAUUUCCGUUCCAUUUCUUUCUUUUUUCCUCUUAUUUUCGUUCCCCUUUUCUCUCAAGCAACUAUUUUCCUUUCAUUUCUUUCACCUUUUCUCUUUUGUCAAACAUUUCAAAAUGCGAAUGAGCUGUAAUGGAUGUCGGGUCCUUCGUAAAGGCUGCAGUGAGAACUGUAGCAUUAGACCCUGUUUACAAUGGAUCAAAAGCCCUGAAUCCCAAGCAAACGCCACCGUUUUUCUCGCCAAGUUCUACGGCCGUGCCGGUCUCAUGAACCUCAUCAACGCCGGCCCCGAACAUCUCCGUCCUGCUAUUUUUAGGUCAUUAUUAUACGAGGCUUGUGGGCGGAUUGUGAACCCUAUUUACGGUUCGGUCGGGUUAUUGUGGUCCGGAAGCUGGCAACUUUGUCAAGCCGCCGUGGAAGCUGUGUUAAAAGGUGCUCCGAUCACGCCGAUUGCUUCGGAAGCCGCUGCAAAUGGUCAAGGGCCGCCUCUUAAAGCAUACGACAUUCGUCAUGUUUCCAAAGAUGAGAACUCUGCAGCGUCCAACGAUGUUCAUCGAGUGAAGACUCGGUGCCGAGUGAAGAGAACUGUCAAGCCGAAGUUGAAUAAGCCGCUGGUGGAGGAAGAUAACCACAACGCAGAAGCUGAUGCGCGGUGUUACGCCGAUGAAGGAAACCGUUCGACGAGUCACGAGUCUUCGUUGAGUCACCAGUCGGAGUUGGCGGUUAUGGAUGGGGAAAGUAAAGAAACCGAGAGCAUGAUCUCGGAGGAAACAGCGGCGGCAUCGCAGUUGUUUCCGACGGAACCAGAGUUCAGAGGUAAGCUUUCAGAGGACAGGACGGCGGAGGUAAGGGGCGAGAUUGGGCUGGAGCUGACGCUUGGGUUUCAACCGGUAAAAUCACGUGCGUGUCACGUGGUGGUACCUGUGAAGAAAAGGAAGGUGGUUGUGGCAUACGGCACGUGCGAGAAUAGUGAAACGUGUAAGGUAGAGCUGGGGCUGGAUUAUCCGGCUUAAAAGGCUUUUGAAAGAAAGGAUAGGUUGGUCCAGUUUUGGCGGAUAAGUUUCGGCAUUUGUUUAUUUUGCAUAGAAGAGUUGUGGGUGGGGUUUUUUUUUUUUUUGUAUUUUCUUUUGUUUUGUGGUAAGUUCUUUUUUGGUUUUUAUUUUCCCUUUAUGUUCCCUUUAUGAAAAGGAAAAAAAGGAAGAAUGUACAAAUGUGGUUAACAUGAAUAGAAAUGAUAAAUUUAUAGAGGGAA